AUGGCGCCCCGCGGCCGGACCCUGCUCCUCCCGCUCGCCGCGGCCACCGUCCUCGUCGCCUCCACCAUCUUCCUCUUCGCCGCCGUCGGCGCGCGCUGGCGUCCUGCCGACUCCGGCCUCCCCGUCCCGCCCCACCACGCCUUCCCCACGGCCGUCCCCGCGACCGCUUCUUCCUCCAACGCCACCACCGCCAACAAAGAGCUCUCCUUUCUUGACGAGAACGGCCAACCCGACGACCCCUCCUCCGCCUCAGCAUCCAGAUCCGCCUCCGCCUCCACCUCCACCUCCGGCACCGGCGCCGUCAGAUGCGACCCCCGCGCCGCCGCUGCCAUCAAGGUGUUCAUGUACGACAUGCCGCCCGAGUUCCACUUCGGCCUCCUCGGCUGGUCACCGCCGUCCCCUGACUCCGUCUGGCCAGACGUCACGCCCGGCGCCCCGCCGCCGCGGCGCUACCCCGGGGGGCUCAACCAGCAGCACAGCGUGGAGUACUGGCUCACGCUCGACCUCCUCCUCUCCUCUUCCUCCUUGCCGCCCCCCUGCGGCCGCCACUCCGCAGUGCGGGUCGCCGACGCCCGCGACGCCGACCUCGUCUUCGUCCCGUUCUUCGCGUCCCUCAGCUACAACCGCCACUCCCGGGCCGUGCCGCCCGACAAGGUCAGCAGGGACAGGGCACUCCAGGAGAAGCUGGUGGCGUACCUCACGGCGCGGCCGGAGUGGAGGAGGUUCGGUGGCGCCGACCACGUCAUCGUCGCGCACCACCCCAACAGCUUGCUGCACGCCCGGGCGGCGCUGUCCCCCGCCGUCUUCGUGCUGUCGGACUUCGGGAGGUACCCCCCGAGGGUGGCCAGCUUGGAGAAGGAUGUCAUUGCGCCGUACAAGCACAUGGCUAAGACGUUCGUCAAUGACUCGUCCGGGUUUGAUGACCGGCCGACCCUGUUAUACUUCCGGGGAGCAAUUUACAGGAAGGAGGGAGGGAGCAUUCGACAGGAGCUAUAUUAUAUGCUCAAAGAUGAAAAGGAUGUUUACUUUUCCUUUGGAAGUGUCCAGGACCAUGGGGCCAGCAAAGCCAGCCAAGGAAUGCACUCAUCAAAAUUUUGCCUAAACAUUGCCGGGGACACCCCUUCUUCCAAUCGCCUGUUUGAUGCGAUAGUGAGCCACUGUGUCCCUGUUAUCAUCAGUGACAACAUUGAGCUACCUUAUGAGGAUGUGUUGGAUUAUUCAAAGUUCUCCAUCUUUGUCCGUUCAUCUGAUGCUGUUAAAAAGGGUUACCUGAUGAGACAGCUCAGUGGUGUAAGCAAGCAACAAUGGACAAAGAUGUGGAAUAGGCUCAAAGAGGUGGAUAAACAUUUUGAGUAUCAGUAUCCAUCCCAGAAAGAUGAUGCAGUCCAGAUGAUCUGGCAAGCAUUGUCUAGAAAGGUGCCAACAAUUAAGCUGAAGGUUCAUAGAUCUAGUAGAUUUUCAAGAUCUGACAGAGGAAAAUAA